CCAGCCAGGAAGCCACUGGGCUUGCAGCGCUUUUGUUUAAAGUGACAUGCAGCCCGUCCGAUUUUACUCCAGGUUCCUAGUUCAAGUUCGCAAGCUUCAACUAUUUUUCUUAUCUUUUUAAUCUUUUUUUCUAGUAAACAGAGAUGGAAGAUGUGCAGUGGGCAGCCAAUGUGAUGGACCUUAAAACAGGAGAAGAGAUGAAAGCUCAGGCAGAGGAGAGAGUGAGGAGUAUUUCCUCAGACCUCCACUGUGAGGUGUUGGACUUGAGUGGAGGAGAGAAUAUAACAGAGCUGUGCAAAAGGGAAGAACAGAUGAAGAAAACAUUCUCGCCCAAGUUGUUUGUGGAAAGCCCCGUGAUAGGGUCCAUGGAUAUUGCAGACUUCAUGAAUGCAGCCAGUCAAGGCAAACUGAAUGUAAUAGACAAGUAUUUGGCUGAUGGUGGGAACCCUAAUGUCCACGAUGAGUUGAAGAGGACAGCACUGCAUCGUGCCUCUCUGGAAGGACACAGUGCAGUUAUCCAAACGCUUUUGGAAAAAGGAGCCGAUAUCAACUUUGAAGAUCAACUGGGCUCCAGGGCCAUACACUGGGCCUGCAGAGGGGGGAGCCCGGAUGUUGUCAAAGCCCUGAAGAGCCUUGGGGCUGACCUGAAUGCUAGAGAUAAGUUGGACAGCACUCCUCUGCACGUGGCCACAAGAACAGGCCACACCACCAUUGUCGAGUACCUGCUGUCCUGUGGUGUCAAAAUCAACUCCAGGGACAGGGAAGGAGACACAGCCCUGCAUGAUGCUGUGCGUCUCAACAGAUACAAGAUAGUGAAGCUGCUCGUAGCUGCAGGGGCAGACACAAAACAAAACAAUCAUGAAGGAGUGACCGCAGUGCAGCAGGUAAAACAAUGGCAGUUUGACAUCAAGGAGACCCUGAAGACACUGGACACGCUGAGGGAGGUGGGACCUGAAAACGCCUCCAGAGAGGAGUAAAGAUCUCCUCAAACACUAUAUUCUUUGUGAGAUAACUUUACACAACUAUCUGUCUCAGGUUCAAUAUACAUUUUGUAAUAAUUCCACUGUAAGUCUGUGUACAUCAUAUUUGAGUAUAUGCAUAUGUGCUCACCAACAAAAUCUGCCUUUGCAGGGCAUGGGGUGUAAACCUCUGAGAUUUGUCUGAACUCUGACACUACAACAUGUCAGCUUGGAUGUGGCAGAUUCAGUUUAUCUUAUGAAAAAGGAAACACAAAUAUGUGAAUGAGGAAACAAAGCUGAAAAUAUCAAACAUUUUUGCUAAGCUUUAGCUUUCGAUGUUCUCUUCUAAAUAGCUUUAUGAUCUGAGGAUGUUUCAUAUCUGAUUUGUGAUUGUGAUGCCUCUGUAAGUUGAAUAAUAUCAAGACACAGUGCUGUGCAGAAGCUGCAUUUGAAUAUACAUCAACAGAUCCUUGUUUUAUUGAGGCGACAGAUAAGGCCGCAGCACACAGCAGCUCUGUGUUUGAGACUUGGACUGACGAUAGCAGAGUUGGCUGGAAUGCCCCCGCUGUAAGUCGGGGAUUCGAGGGGAGCUCAGUGGACAUAUUUUCCUUGUAUCAUCAGUGGCUCAAAUGUUCCUGAGGGAGGUUGGCCAUUCACACAGAGGAAACCAACAGCUUGCUCCCAUGCUUGCAAUGUAUAGUCAUGUAUGCACAGUUAGUCAUGACAUAUGCGGCCAUUCAUUUUGGGACCACAUGUUGUUCAUUGGCUACUGCUGCACUCUUCACAAUGUAAAUGUAAUGCUGUUGUGAAAAGAGUGCACUCUUCUGUUAAAAAAGAAUAUGUUCAUUGUAGACAACUCAUCAGAUAUACUAUCAGCCACACACAGUAUUUCCUGUUCCGAGCAUGGCUGUGUAACGGUCAAUAGAGACACGUAACAUGUGCAGUACAAGGUUAUGAACACUACGUGACAGAGUUGUCCUUUAUCUGGUCAACCCGACCCUAACAGAGAUAUCAAAGUAACAUAAUAAAGUAUAUUGGAUGAGAAAGAU